UAGGUAGUUAGCAUUUAGGUAGUUAAACCAAUCAGUUGGAAUCACUUUCUUCUCUCGUGUCAGCACAGGAGAAAUAUUUAUACAGAAUCAGAGUUCAGGAAUGUAUGUAGAUUCAUUUAAAUGUUAAUGUUAACAAAAUAUUUUAAAUUAGGUUCUCAAUUCAAGUUUAAGUUUACUCCACUCCACAAAGCUGGAAUUUAUGGUAGAGUUUUGUUUUCAGGUCUAAUGAGUACAGAACACACACACACACACAAAACUCUGUGUGAAAGUUGUGGCAAAUGUAAAAGUGUGUUGGUCUGUGCUUAAGUGUGUUUGUGUGUGUUACUGAUCAUUAAUACCCUUACUUAAUUUGAGCCCUGACCAUGCUUACCUUUCAGUUACACACACGAAUACGCUCUAGCACAAUACAACACACAAUAACACACAGGUCCAAACACACUGCAACACCCCGGGAGAGAUGUUUUGUCUGUGUGUGUGUGUGUGUGUGUGUGUGUGUGUUCUGCACUACGCAGUUUGCGUAAGCCCCGCGCCUGCCCCUCCUCCUCCUCUCCUGCACAUUGCUUGUGCGCAGUUUCCAGCAUGUGAAGCUCGCGUGCGUUUUGUGCGCUAAUCACAGGUCCGCGCGCGCUGCUCUUUCCUGCUCGGUUUCACGGAUUUACUGAGGAUAAAAAACGCGGAGGAGCAGGAGCAGGAUUGUCGGAUGAGUGAUGAGACAGCUAUCCUCAGAAGACUGAGGACUGAAACUACUUUCAAGUUCAUUUAAUUCUCAUUGGUCCACUUGCACAUUAGAAUGAAUAUUUAAAACAGUGUCCACGCCUCCUGCCGUUCCAGUGCUGGUAAAUCAGAUUUUUUGGAAUAAGGGGGAGGGACAUGACUCAUUGGCCAUGUGGGCUACCAUGUUAACAGGCCUUUGUAGCCCCUUCCCCCUCCUCUGGUUAGUCCAGCUCUUAUUAUGGCCAUAUCUCAGUGGGCCCCAACUGGCUGAGGCGACUCCCCCUUGUCCUGCCCCCUGUAGCUGCUCCAAUCAGGCAAGUCGGGUGAUUUGUACCAGAAAGGGACUGGACGAAGUCCCACAAAGCAUCUCAGUCAACACACGAUACCUCAACCUGCAGGAGAACUCCAUACAGAUGAUAAAAUCUGACACCUUUAAACAUCUGAGUCACCUGGAGAUCCUUCAGCUUUCAAAGAAUCACAUUCGUCAGAUUGAAGUCGGAGCAUUCAAUGGCCUCCCAAACCUCAUCACACUCGAGCUUUUCGAUAACCGGCUGCCAUUGGUUCCAUCACAAGCAUUUGAAUAUCUCAGUAAACUGCGUGAACUCUGGCUGAGGAAUAAUCCAAUAGAAACGCUCCCAGCCUAUGCUUUCCAUCGUGUCCCUUCCCUGCGACGUUUGGACCUUGGUGAACUCCGAAAGCUCAGUUUCAUCUCAGAGGCGGCCUUUGAAGGACUAGUGAAUCUCCGCUUCCUGAAUUUGGGAAUGUGUGGAUUGAAAGAUGUUCCGAACUUGACGCCACUUGUAAAACUAGAGGAACUCGAACUUUCUGGGAACCAGCUAGGUGUAGUCCGUCCAGGAUCAUUCCAAGGUCUUGUUUCGCUGCGCAAGUUGUGGCUUAUGCACUCACGCAUCUCACUGAUUGAACGCAAUGCUUUUGAUGAUCUGAAGAACCUAGAGGAGCUUAACCUUUCCCAUAACUCCUUGCAUUCACUGCCUCAUGACCUUUUUACCCCGCUGCAACAGCUUGAAAGGGUUCACCUGAAUCAUAAUCCCUGGGUUUGUAACUGUGAUGUUCUCUGGCUAAGUUGGUGGUUGAAAGAGACCGUGCCAGAUAACUCCACAUGCUGUGCCCGCUGCCAUGCUCCACCCGGCACCAAAGGACGUUACAUUGGCGACCUGGAUCAGAGGGACUUCACUUGCUAUGCCCCUGUGAUCGUGGAACCUCCAACUGACCUGAAUGUGACUGAGGGAAUGGCAGCAGAGCUGAAAUGCAGAACUGGAACAUCCAUGACCUCUGUGAACUGGUUGACCCCUAAUGGAACCCUGAUGACCCACGGUGCUUACAAAGUACGAAUCUCAGUGUUACAUGAUGGGACCCUCAAUUUCACUAAUGUCACUAUGCAGGAUACUGGGCCAUACACUUGCAUGGUGACCAACUCUGCGGGAAACACCACAGCUACUGCUGUCCUCAACGUGUCUGCCUCUGACCCUGGCAAUGGAUACAGCUACUUCACAACAGUCACUGUGGAAACAGUAGAGACAGGGCAGGAAGUUCAUGACUCUGCUCGGCAAUUUGUCAAUGAGACCUUCGUGGGUUAUCCAGGCCCAACAGCAUCAUCAGGGUCAACCGGACCUUCUGGAUCAGUGCCAUCUUCCCUGUCACCUCAUGUUACUCGUGCUCCAGAGCGCCCUUUCACAGUCUCCAUCACUGAUGUUGCCAAUCUUUCAGGUCUUGAAGAUGUAAUGAAGACUACAAAGAUCAUAAUCGGCUGCUUUGUUGCCAUCACUUUCAUGGCUGCUGUGAUGCUUGUGGUUUUCUAUAAACUGAGGAAGCAGCACCAGCUGCACAAGCAUCACGGACCUGCCCGUGCCAUUGAGAUCAUCAAUGUUGAGGAUGAAAUGGGUCCAUCAGGAGGAGCCAGUGGCAUUGCAGGUGGUUCCACCCUUCACUCUGGGGCAGGCCCAGGACCUGCAGGAGGACCUGGAACAAAUCUUCGAAUCCAUGACCCUGAAAUUGUCACUCUGCCCAACAUUGGGCGCUCAGAUCAUGUCAAUCACUACUACAAAUCACACCACUUUAACAACAACGUCCUGGGACUUAACAUGGGAGUGGGGCAAACUGGCAACAAGACAAGCCCCUCCUCCAAAAAACAGGCUCCAUCCACCAAUCAGACAUCUGUUGACUCCACUAAUGCUGGAUCUGUCUCUCCACCAUUACCGAUUCCGAUUCCAAUGACGAUGACUUUCCAUGGAACGCUGAAGAGCUUAAGCCACACCCCCAGCUCUCAAAACGAGCCUCUGCUGCUGUCCAAUGGGUCCAAGGAGAGUGUUCAGGAGACACAGAUAUAAACACACACACACACACACACACACACACUGAAGUGUUAAGGAGCCAGUGGAUAUCGACAUACAGACAUUUAUGGGAGUUUCAUUUUGGGGACUCGGAGGAUUAUGAAAUCAAACACAUCGUUUGUACAAAGAAAUGUGACGGAAUUGGCACUACUGCGAGAUGUGCCAAAGAAAACGCCUUUUGUUUUUGCAGUUUCUACAAAGUUGUAUCUGUGUAUAAAAUAUAGUCUAUAAUCCAAGUAGCGUUAAUUCCUUAUGUGUUGUUUUGCCACAGGCGAAGAACACUGAAGAAACUUUACGAAAUCACACACACACUUACUGAGGAGAACAUCACAGAUCUGUUUCCUCACACCAUUUAUGUGUGAUAUAGAGUGUGAGUUUAUACUGAAACUGAAACAGACUGUAGUCAUCAGAACACACACACACACACACACACACACAAACACACACAUCUACUCUCUGACUGCUGAGUUGUAGGAUUUUAAUGCACAAAAUGAGCCUCGGUUUAUUAACCGCAACUUCAAAUAUACUCGAUGGUACAUGAGUACAUGUGAAGAAAGUUUUGUGUGUGUGUGUGUUUGAACAAUCUGUAAACAAAUUGAGUUUUCAGAAUCUUUCUGUCUCUUUUCGCUUUCAUCAUCUGUCACCUUUAACAUGAAGAUACAUUUUAUUUUCAUCUUCACCACAACAACAAACACAAUAAACACAUCAGUAAACACACAUCCAACACAUAUUCAGAGUUGGUGCAAAAGUUAUCAAUAUCUUCAAUAUGUACAUGGAGAUAUUUCAUCGUCAAAUUAUACAGCAGUGAAAAGUGGAUUUUCUGAGUUUAUUAAACUCACCUGUUUGUCCAGUCCAAAACAGAACACCACUUUUAAACUCAAACACUGACCUUUAAAACUUAAAAAAAAAUCAAGGAUAGAAAAUGAAGACUGAAAAUACAGCUGAAUGAAUCCACAAGAUACUAAAUCUAGAUCAUGAUGGAAUCGUGUGGAAUGUAGGAGAUUUAUUACUUUAUUAGCUGAUUUGUUGAAUAAUAAAAUAACGGCAGUGUUUGCAUUAAUCCUACGCCGUAUCCUGUAAAGAAAACAUGUCCCCAGUUUAACAGAUAAAUUGUCUGAGUGCUUAUCUGUCUUACUUACAAAAAACCUUCAGUUCAUUUAUUAGUUUAUCAUUUUAAUAUUCUCAGUUUGAUUAAGGUGCCAUGAUUAGGAUGCAAAGUGGUGAUAUUAUCAAUAAAUGAAUAGAGUCAUAUGCACCUAUGGCCUCCUGGGACAUUCCAGUGCUUUCUGAAUGUAGCUCAACAUGACAUUUUCUGGUUCCAUCAAACUUUCAGGAAGGUGUAGCAGACUGAGUACUGCUCCUGGACCAAGCCAAUAUCACGCAUUAAAAUUGUGCUUAAGUUUAAUGUUAGUCUGAAGUGUAGCUGAAAAGCGUCUCUGUUUUUAACCCUCACCCUCACAUGCAUAACUCUGAGUAGUGUUUAAGUGUUUAGUUCUGUUUAAAGUCCUCACUGUACGCUAAACUCAACUCUGAAUAUGGAGCUGUGUGAACACUAACUCGACUAAUCUCUCUCCAUCAACUACAUCAUCUCAUAUCUUUACAAAGGCUAAAUAAUUUGUAGAGCUUUGAUCACACAUAUGAUGAUGAAGAUGAGUCAGAUCACACAUAUGAUGAUGAAGAUGAGUCAGAUCACACAUAUGAUGAUGAAGAUGAGUCAGAUCACACAUAUGAUGAUGAAGAUGAGUCAGAUCACACAUAUGAUGAUGAAGAUGAGUCAGAUCACACAUAUGAUGAUGAAGAUGAGUCAGAUCACACAUAUGAUGAUGAAGAUGAGUCAGAUCACACAUAUGAUGAUGAAGAUGAGUCAGAUCACACAUAUGAUGAUGAAGAUGAGUCAGAUCACACAUAUGAUGAUGAAGAUGAGUCAGAUCACACAUAUGAUGAUGAAGAUGAGUCAGAUCACACAUAUGAUGAUGAAGAUGAGUCACCGAUGCCUAAAGGAAGUUUAAAGGCUGUGUGCCUGGUGUUCUGGUGUGUUCAUGGAGCUGCACUGAAGAAUGUUUCAGAGCUUGAGGAGGAGGUUGUGGACGAAUGCAAGAUUUUGGAAGUUAUCAUGUUGAAUGGAUAUGGUUUAACGUGUCUGUGCUUUAGGGGUUCAAUAAUAAAUAAUAUUGUAAGGUCUAGAGGAGAUCGUGAACAAUUGUAGCAUACAGCUGUGGGUUUAUUAUAAUUUUGGGUUCUGGUUUUAAUUUAGAGGUGAGAGAUUUAAGGUUCUGAAUGUUAGGAGAUAAGGCAUUAGGUUUAUGAAGGGAGUAUCUGUAAUUUUGAGGAGUUUAGGGUUUAUAUUCAUUAGAGCUGUAUAGAUCUGUAAUAAUGUAGAAAUUCUGAGUGUUGGUGCUCUACUGAGCUUUGGGCUUUAGUGCUGUCAGUUAAGGUGUUGCUAAGCUGUUGCUAGGAGACUUCCUCAGCAUUUGUGUAUGUGUGUGUGUGUGUGUGUGUGUGUGUGUGUGUGUGUGUUGCAUUGUAUCAUGAGGUAAAAAAAUCAUUUAAUUGAACUUUUUUAUGAUCUGAUGUUUGAUUAUGUUAAUGAGAUUAAGGUAUUAUUGGGUUUCAGUGUGUCAGUGUGCUCACAUUACCACCAGAACACCAACACACACACACACACACACACACACACACAACUGAACUCCAAGCAGACAUUUAUUCAUUCUCUCUCUCUCUCUCUCUCUCUCUCUUUCUUCCUUUGCGUGCAUGUGUGUGUGUGUGUGUGUGUGUGUAUGUAUGUGUGUGUGUGUGAGAGAGAGAGAGAGAGAUUAAAUCACAUAGAGCUUCAGGACUUAGUUUAAUUUCAGAGCGCACUUCUCUCAUUGCCUCCACAGCCAGCAAGACUACAUUUCCCAUCAUGCACCAGCACGAGUGACCCUCACCUGACCCUGAGGGAGCGCUUCUCUCUGUCAUGCUUGGUUUUGUGCAGUCCUGUUAGAUCAGAAACUCAAGGUAGACUAGAAAGUCUGAUCUGUGUGAAUUUAAACACUGGACAGUAUCAUUUCUAUUGGAUCAGUGUGAGACUGGAAAAUCUGAUCAGCAUUAGAUUGUCAAGUCUCAUUAACAUGUUUGUCUAAUCAGUAGUAGACUGAAAAGUCUCAUCAGUAUUGCAUUAGAAAGUCUGAUUAGUGUUUUAUUAAAAGUGUUAGAUCGAAAGUAUGAACAGAGUUUGACUGGACGUCUGAUCAGCAUUAGAUUGGAAAGUUUGACCAGUGAAAUCAGACAGCAGGUCUGCAUUCAACGCACAAGACUCCGCCAUUUAUAACUCUCUUGCUUUUUAGCUCUCUCCCCUUCAAUCCAUCUGUCUCUCUUUUCUGCCUGUCUCUCUAGCUCUCACUUUCUGGCAUUUAUUUCUUCCCCAUCAUCUCUCUCUCUCUCUCUCUCUCUCCUGAGUGCGUUCACUUCUCCGCCUGUUGCCAUGUAAAUAAAUCUAAAGAUGUAAAUAUUCUCUAUUUUUCGACUGUCAGUGUGAAUAAUCCUCGUUCAGUAUUAAAAAAAAGACAGAAGGUUAUGGAACAUUUGCAUUUCUCUUUUUUUGUCAUUGCCCCUCCCUUAUGAUUCCUACUUUAUCUCUCUCCCUCUCUCUCUCUCUCUCUCUCUCUCUCUCUCUUCAUGCCUCAUUUUCUGUCUCAUCUCUACAUGUUUCUGUCCCCAUGUCUCUUCUCUUUAUUUGUCCCUUCCCAUGUCUCACUUCCUGUCACACUCUCCCUGUCUCACUCCCUGUAUCUCUCCUGUUCUCACCCACUGUCGCACUCUCCCUGUCUCACUCUCAGGAACAAAACAGAUGCAGCGUUUGCUCUCCUGCUUCGUCCUGUUUUGUUGUUAUUUGUAUGGAGAAUAUUAAAGAAAUGUUUUUGUUGUUUUUUUGUUUGUUUGUUUUUAAUUUGUUACAAGUUAAAGGCUUGGAUUGGCUGAGAUGAUGAUGAUGAUGAUGAUGUCCGAGGUCUGAGGUCAAAGGUUGUGCCAAAAGCUUCUGUGUGUGAGUGCCAUUCGCUACACUGAACUUUACCAAUAAAAACCUGGACAUUGUGCUUUUCUAAA